AUGGAUACCUUACCUGAUGAGAUUGUCAGCAUUAUUAUCGCCAAUGCCACAACGCACGAACUCACCCAGCUAUCCCGGGCUUCUAAAAGGCUCUAUAGACUUUUUGAACCGCUACUAUGGACCAAUAUCGAAUUCCAUCAUCGUACAUUCCACGAGGCUUCCGACUUGAAACGGCCGCCGCCCAUGAUAACUGCAUCACAACGAUUUUACCACUGUGACACUCAAUACCCGGGCCAAUGCAAGUCAGAGAAUUUUUUUGAGAUGUUACAGGAUCUGUUGCUUGAGGACAUAGGUCGACUGAAACAAUUGUGCUCACGAGUUGAGUCUAUCUGCACAGUCGUUCGGUCCAAGAUAGAUUUUUGGCAAAUCUUACCGUAUUUUAACAACCUCAAGACUCUUGAACUCUAUGGUGACCCCUCGUACUUCGACCAGGAAAAGCAUAGGUCAUUUUGCUCAUCUGAUCUUACACUUCGGAAGCUCCGCUACGCAAAGCUCGAUGGCUAUGUACCGAUGGCCGUUGUCAAAUGGAUAUUGCGGUCAUGCUCAACCGUCGAGCGACUGGAGCUCGGGCUACUCGAUGAACCGAUAGAAUCGAGAGCAACUAUUGGGGACGAUUUUCCACGCUUUACUGAAGAUAUCUACAGCCCACCCGAGGAUCCUACGUAUGGUAGACUCCGUGGAUGGGCUGCCAUACCCAGACCCUUAUCCGGCUUCUUACCAUCUCACAAAGAUGCGCAGUCAUUAAGAUUGCCACGACUACGACAUUUACAUCUCUGUCAGCCAUCACAGAGUAACCUGUCAGCAAGAAUGGUCAGCUACUUCUGGUCAACAACUGACGAGGUUUCCGCCCAUAAAGAUUGGGAGAAUAUCUUACAAGCCUCAUGUAAAACACUCGAGACACUUUCAGUACAGCAACAAAUUGGCAUAGAGCAUGGAGACGGUGCUGUCGAUGAAGCUGAGGGUUUCUUCCGAAGUGAUCAGGACGGUCUCGGUAGCGAGAGGUUGAUGAUUAUGCUCCAAGGAGUUUUGUCGAAGAGAAAGUUUCCUGCAUUGAAGCGCGUUUAUCUGAAAGGAAUUGUCGUUGGGUCAAAGGAACGUGGUGAGCCGAUUGGAGAUGUACCUGGCUAUCGGUUCAUGAGGUUUCUUGAGAAAAAGGGUAUUGCCAGCGAGGCGAGACUUGGGGAGGGGUGCUGGUUUGAUGGCGAUGAUGGUACAGGACCUCCUGCUGAAUGGGACGAGAGCGAUGACGAUUGGGAGGAGGAACUUUUAGCAAGCGUUGAUGGUCAGGUAUAA